AUGAGAUGUGAAGCACGAGGACUACGCGGCGUGGAGCUGGCGGGAGCGAAGGCGGAAGUUAAGAAGCCAAAGCUGCCGAAGGCGGUCGCAGGGGCGGCGGCAGCUCGAGGGGGCACCUGGCGGGGGCCGCCUGAGAUGACGACCCUGCGACGGGGUAUCGUGCCACCCCGAUGCAAUACUUACUUCCUGGUUUCGUUGAUCGGACUAUUGCUUCAAACGCAGUCCGUCACUGGCGGCAUAUGCUGGUCUUCCAUCAGCAACGGUCGCUGUAAGGAAUUAUUGUCGCAAGGAGUGACAAAGGAAGACUGUUGCGCUUCGAACGCGGCGGCAGCGACAGCGUACUCUGAGGAAGACCUCGAUAGCGGAAGCCUCUUUUUUUGGAGAGUGCUCGGUGGAGGUGUGCAGUGUCGUCCUUGCAGAGAAAGUUGCACAGAGGUGAGGUGUGAGGAAGGGAAAAAAUGCGUCGUACGUAGAGGAAGACCAAGGUGUGUGUGCAGCCCAGAGUGCAAAGCACCAAGAGGCGGAGGUCCGGUCUGCGGGACGGACGGCAAGAGUUACAAAAAUCUCUGCAGACUGAAGAAACGUGCUUGCAAGAAGGGAAGCCACGAGCUAGCGGUUGCCUAUAACGGCCACUGCCAAAGUUCGUGCGCACGGGUCCGGUGCGGCCAAGGCCGGAGCUGCCUGCUGGACCAGAACCUGAGCCCGCACUGCGUGAGGUGCGCCCGCAGGUGCCCCCAGCCGCCCCCGCAACAGCGAGCCGCUGCACGCCCCGUUUGCGGGGCCGACGGAAACACCUACAAGAGUGCCUGCCACCUGCGACUCGCCGCCUGCCGCGCAGGUCGCGCCAUUCCCGUCGCCUAUAAGGGCCACUGCAAACAAAACGCAGACUGCACUACGAUUCGUUGUCGCGAGGGUCAAACGUGUCUGUCGGAGAUGAAAUCGGGACGACCACGUUGCGUGACCUGUACCUAUCGUUGCCCCCGGAAGCGGGAGCGCGUCCGGAACCGGACACACCGUGAUCGAGAUCCAUCGGCGACCAUGUUGUGCGCCACUAACAAUAUCACCUAUCCCAGCUGGUGUCACAUCGUCAAGGACGCCUGCGUUACCGGCUUCGUCCUCGAGACGCGACACGCUGGACCCUGCAACGCCUACGACACGUCUCCUCUCUAUAUGGAGGAGGACAACACCUCGAGCAAUUACGGCGUCGAUCUGGCAGACGAGGACGCGAGAUUCGAGGACGCAGCCGAAUCGUUAUCGUACAACGGGCAGACUCAUCUACAGUUUGUAAACAAUAGCAAAGGCUAUCGUAGUAAAAAAGUUACGUUCUUGGAAGCAAUAAUAAAUUAUAUAAGAAUUCAUGUGAUACCCAUUUGUAAUAAAAUGUAUUUAAAAUUCUUCGUUACUUUGUGCAUUUUUCAUUUAAAUUAUGCCUGGGAGAUACCGGAGAAUUUUGCGAAAACAGGUCAUUCGAAUAAUUGGGCGGUAUUAGUUGAUACAUCACGAUUUUGGUUUAAUUAUCGACAUGUUGCAAAUGUGUUAUCUAUUUAUCGAAGCGUUAAACGCUUAGGAAUUCCAGACUCACAGAUCAUUCUAAUGAUAGCAGAUGAUAUGGCCUGCAAUCCAAGAAAUCCUAGACCAGCAACUGUGUUCAAUAACAUCAAGCAACAUAUUAAUGUUUAUGGAGAUGAUGUAGAAGUAGAUUACAGGGGUUAUGAAGUUACUGUAGAAAAUUUUGUUAGAUUAUUAACCGGUCGAUUAGCACCAGAGACACCAAGAUCUAAGAAGCUGUUAACAGACGAAGGGUCUAAUAUCUUGAUUUAUCUUACUGGUCAUGGUGGAAAUGGAUUUCUAAAAUUUCAAGAUUCUGAAGAAAUCACUAGUAAAGAACUUGGAGAUGCAUUGGAGCAAAUGUGGCAGAAAAGAAGAUAUCAUGAAAUUUUGUUUAUUGUUGAUACUUGCCAGGCAAGUUCAAUGUAUGAGACAUUUUAUUCUCCAAACAUUUUAGCAGUUGCUUCUAGUUUAGUAGGAGAAGAGUCACUUUCUCAUCACUUGGAUCCUGCUAUUGGUGUUUAUAUUAUAGAUAGAUAUACAUUUUAUGCAUUGGAUUUUCUAGAAAAAGUAGAACCAUCUAGUCCCAGAACUUUAGGAGAAUUUCUUAAAGUAUGUCCUAAGCAUUAUUGCUUAUCAACUGUAGGAGUUAGGAAGGAUUUAUUUAGAAGAGAUCCUGAUAAAGUACCGGUCACAGAUUUCUUUGGAUCACUGAGGCCUAUAGAAUUAACUACAAGUAUAAUGAACGUUCUGCCUCUAAAAACAAACAAAACAACAUCUAUUGAACCGAAAAGGAAGUAUUCCUACCUCGCACAAUUUCCCGAUGUAACAAAGUUUACGCACAAUUUUUUUCAGAUGCGUUUCCUGCUUUCCUAUUUGUCAAUACUUCUUUCAAUCUGUACGUUGUCAUUCGCGCUCAGAUUGAAUGAUAAAUUUGUCGAGGUACAUGAAAUUGACAAAAACAUAUUAGAGAAUCAACUACCCCCUCAAGAACCGGCGAAUCAUUCAUUUCCAACGAAGCCAACGGUUCCUCAGAUUCCAAUCUGUGCAAGGGAAGGACACUUCAGGGAUCCAUAUAACUGCAGAAAAUUCUAUUUCUGUCAAUAUCAAAACGCAAUUCCUAAGGCUUUCUACUGUCAACUGGGUCUAGUAUUUGAUACGUUUACGAACACCUGCACCUCUGGCUAUGUAGAUUGUUGAUCGGUUAGUUCGACGCAACGUUCGAAGAUCAAAACAAUUCCUUUGACUGUGUUAUUGUAUUUAUUCAUUCUCUUGUAAGCUUUUGUAAAUAAUCUACAGCGUUUCUAUAUUUAUUUAUAUAAAAUAUUCUUCUUAAAUUAAUUGUGCAAGUUACUUAGUAACUAAAAUACUACGAAGUGCAUUCUUUAUUGGAUAUGAAAUGUGUACGAAGCGUUAUUCUCGUUGCUUGCCGGUGAGUAAUAUUAAAUUAGAAAGUUAUAUGGCGAAAUUUGUAAAUAAAAUGAAAUACUUAACUGCGUAUAAACAACAGUUUAGAAUUAACAGAGAGCGCAGUUCAAAUGAAAAAGUUUCUCCUGUAGAAAGUUGACGAAUAAUAUACGUACAACAAGGGUAGAAUGAAUCAUGAUUUUAUUUGUUAUAUAAUAAUAUCUACAAUAAAAAUACCACAUCGUUUGAAAAACAAUUUUCGUUACAAUUAUACAGUGAUUUUAUAUAAUAAUAUAAUAUUUAGGUUUUCGUUCCAAAUAAGAUGUAGCGACGAACAUACACCUCGCAGUGGGAGUGAGAAAAUACAUUUUUUUUUGUUGCAAAUUCCACAUUGAUUUCUUCACUCAGCGUUAUUUCUUUCAUUUUAUUUUUUUUUUUCAUCUUUUUUUUUUUAUGCAAUACGCAACGAACACACUCGAAACGACAUUCAACGACGCGACGUAGU